AUGAGUCCCGAGCGGGUCCCGCCGCCGCCGCCGCCGCCGCCCCCGCGCCCCGGCUGCGCCUGCGGGGAGCCGCUCGCCCAGCGCUUGGAGAGGGCCGACGAGGCCUUCCGCGCCGGCGAGUACGGGGCGGCGGCGGAGCUCCUCCGCUCCGCGCUGGCGGGGCCGGCGGGGCCGGCGGGGCCGGCGCAGCCCGAGCGCGGCCUGUGCCUGCGGCUGGGGGACGCGCUGGCCCGCGCGGGCCGUCUCCCCGAGGCCCUGGGCGCCUUCCGCGGCGCCGCGCGGCUGGGCGCGCUGCGGCCCGAGGAGCUGGGGGAGCUGGCGGGCGGCCUCGCGCGCGCCCUGGGCCGGGGCGAGGGGCGGCUGCCGGCGCGGAGGCCGGGCGGCGCCCCCGGGGAGGCGCGUGGGGAGGCGCGUGGGGAGGCGCGUGGGGAGGCGCGGGAGCUGCUGGGCUGCCCGCGCUGCCGGCGGCUGCUGCACAAGCCGGUGACCCUGCCGUGCGGGCUGACGGUGUGCAAGCGCUGCGUGGAGCCGGGGCCGGCGCGGCCGCAGGCGCGGCGAGUCAACGUGGUGCUGAGCGGCCUGCUGGAGAAGUGCUUCCCGGCCGAGGUCCGCGCGCGCAGGCUGGCCGGCCAGGCGCGGAGCCUGCAGCGCCAGCAGCAGCCCGACGCCGCGCUGCUCAGGUGCGAGCAGGCGCUGGAGCUCGCUCCUAGAGAUAACUCGUUAUUGCUGCUGCGAGCAGAGUUAUAUUUAACUCUGAAGAACUAUGAGCAGGCUCUACAGGAUGCCAAUGCAGUUUGUCAGAAUGAACCUCUCUUGACUAAGGGGCAUCAUGUGAAGGCUCAGGCUCUUUCUGCAUUGGGAAGAAGUAAGGAAGUGUUAAAGGAGUUUCUCUACUGCCUUGCUUUAAAUCCGGAAUGUAACUCAGUGAAGAAAGAAGUACAGAAGGUAAUGUGUGAGGUGUUUUUUCCAGCUUCAGAAAAUGUGCAUCAGAAUUUGACAUCUUCCAACCAAAGCAGGAUAUUAAACAGCAGGUUGAAGGCUCAAUGUGCUAGCCAUGUGAACACCGAGCCUCUGGAAGAAGGGGACAGUGCAGGGAGUUCUAAGAAUCCAUCUGAGAAAUCUGAUGUGUUUAGAAAUACCAGUUCUUCCGUUUUGUAUUUUAUACUGGGUCUGCACUUUGAAGAGGAUAAAGAAGUGUUAGAGAGUAUCCUUCCAGUGGCACCCAGCACUGGUUUAAAGAGACAAUUUCCAAAUGAUUUGGAGGAUGUGCAUGACCUGAAUGGCCCUGGGAAAAUUCCCAAGAAAGAGGUGGAUUCCUCACCUCAAAGGAACAUGACCUCCAACACAGGAGAAAGUUCAGAGCUCUCCAUAGAUGUAACUGACUUCGAGUGUGCCCUUUGCAUGAGGUUGCUCUUUGAGCCUGUCACUACACCAUGUGGACAUACAUUUUGCCUGAAAUGCCUUGAGCGCUGCCUCGACCAUGCCCCUCAUUGUCCGCUGUGUAAAGAAAAACUGUCAGAAUUGUUGGCAAGCAGAAAUUUUAAUAUAACUAUUCUGGCUGAAGAGUUAAUAUUUCGAUAUUUGUCUGAUGAGCUCUCUGAUAGGAAGAGAAUUUAUGAUGAAGAAAUGACAGAACUGUCAAAUCUGACCAGAGAUGUCCCCAUCUUUGUGUGUGCCAUGGCCUUCCCUACCGUCCCGUGUCCACUUCAUGUCUUUGAGCCCCGCUAUCGGCUUAUGAUAAGAAGAUGCAUGGAAACUGGCACCAAACGGUUUGGCAUGUGUCUCUCUGCUGAGCAUACAGGAAUUUCAGAGUAUGGCUGCAUGCUGGAGAUUAAAGAUGUCAGAACAUUUCCUGAUGGGAGUUCGGUUGUGGAUGCCAUCGGAAUAAGUCGAUUCAGAGUCCUAAGCCACCGUCACAGAGAUGGCUAUAACACAGCCGACAUUGAAUAUCUUGAAGAUGAAAAGGUGGAAGGACCAGCAUAUGAAGAACUCACCAGUCUUCACGAUUCUGUUUACCAACAGUCAGUUUCCUGGUUUACUUCACUUCAGGAUCACAUGAAAGAACAAAUUUUAAGCCAUUUUGGGUUAAUGCCAGACAGGGAAUCUGAACCUCAGAGUAACCCUAGUGGUCCUGCAUGGUCCUGGUGGAUCCUGGCAGUGUUGCCAUUGGAGCGCAAGGCUCAGCUGGCUAUUCUUGGCAUGAUCUCACUUAAAGAGCGUCUGCUUGCCAUUCGACGAAUAUUGGUCAUCAUCACUCGUAAGAUGAAUAGUCGGCAGGAGCUGGUUAAUAGCAGGGAGAGAAAUAAUUGAUUUUUUCUGGGAGCCCUUGUACAUUUUUGAGGAGUGCUAGCCAUGGACGAGUAGCAUCCCAUUCAUCAUGCUUUGUAAUGUGCUUGUUGAUAGGGUUACAAAAUGGAACAUUUAGCAAACAUUGACUCCUACUGAAAUGUUAAAAGUCUGUGCCUGGUGGAACCUGACUGUGUACAAGGUUAGUGUGAAGUUUGAACAGAGCCUAUGGUUGGAAAAGAACCUAAGAGAAUCUCUUUGAAGCAGAUGCUCUACUUUGUAGUUCGCUAACAGCAGGGAACACCACAGAUGGUUGAGGAGUGGUUUAGGUUUUGCAAGAAAGAAGGACUCCCUCCCCAGUAAAGUAUUUUGCUACACCAGAUGGAAACAGCAUGCUUUAGUGGCUAGACAGUAAGGGGGAAACCACAUUUUUAUCUAGAAGCAGAUUUCUCAGCGCACAGGCUAACUGAAAAUGCACUUAGGCUUUGUGUGUCACUGUGAAGUUGUCUGUGAAAUUGAGGAAUCAAACUGUUGUCCAGUGCCGGAGCCAAAAUUAGUCCUCACCCAAGAAGUAGUAGCUGCUGGAUAGAACUGUGUUUUGUGUCCUGCAGUAGUUCAGGUGUUGUACAUUGCAUGUUGUAAUCAAAUGAAUAUCAGAAUACACAAAGGUGUACCUUGGAUAUAGAAAACCUGAGAACAGUAUGGUGACUUAAGGAUACAUAUUUAUACACACUCAAUGAAGAGUGAGCAAAAGUUAGCUAAAACUGUACAUGCAUUGGGAUGUCAAACAUAGUCAAAUUAGUGCAAAGAAAAUAUAAAAACCUCCUUGAAAGCAUAACCCUAUCUCAUUAAAUUGGUAGAUACAAAGCAUUGAGAAAAUAGCCCUCUUUCUAAUGGAUUUGCAUUGGAAAUUAGGCCCAUCAGUAAUUUGAGUUUACCAUCCACCCACUCAUAUAUGAAGAUAUUAAAAAGCUCCUGUGGAAUGGGAAUUUAUCUAUUCCAGGAAAACCUAUCAGGACAAUAUGCAAGAAGAGGGAGAUGGUUAUGGGAUGUAAAUAUUUGGCAAGUUUUUCCUCCAUCCUCAACCUAAAAAUUGGCUUUGUGUCUUUUGAAAAGAAGUUGUAGAAGUGAUAAGACCUGGUGUUAUCUGUUAAAGAACCAUAUAAUGACAACUUCAACCUCUAACAGAUGUUGGUAGUAUUAAUUGAAAUAACCACUUGAAUCUGAGAUACUGAAUUGUCCUCACUGGCCUAACUAGCUGGUGUGUUGAGUUGGCUUCUUGGUAUAUGCUGUGGAUGUUCUUAACUAAAAGAUGAUGAGAACCAGACCAGGGAAUAAAUCACAGUUUUAAGUUUUGCUUUAUCUAUUCAAGGUAUAUGAUAUUUGAAUUUUAACAAAUACAUUUCAUAAUGUCAAAAGUUGGUUGUUUAUCAAUCCAUCAAGCAUUUUAUUAGAAAGACCCUAUGACUGUAUUUUGUUUUCAUUGGAGUUUUCAAGCUAAAGCUCAGUUCCAUUAUGGGAGUGAGAAAAUACUAUUCUUGUGUAACUUAGUCAUAAAGAGAAAAUGUGAAAGUAUUUCCAGUCAGAUGUUUCUAGUGCCUCACUUAUUGCAAAUCUCAAAUUUCAUCUUGAACAUGGUUUAAAGGCUGUUUGGCCAAGUGAUUUUUAAACUAUUUUAUUGAUUCAUGUGUUAAUGACAAUAUCCAGCAGUUUUAGGCUGUGUAUCCUAAGCUGAUCAUCUAAAAGAAAGCAGAACUGUAUCUAAUAUGUGAGAGGACCUUUCUUAGGAAUGGUUCAUGAAAAUAGGUAUGUACUGACCAUUCUCUUUCUUUUUCUUUUGGAGAAUCUUUCCUACCCUGAAACCAUAUCAUUGCUGUUUCCAUCUGGGAAUGUGUAAAAUAACCACAUUGUGAUCAUAGUUUCUCCAGGAGCUUUCCUGAAGUUAAGUCUCUGUGCUCAGAGUACCAGGGGUUCUCCUGUACCCAUUGGAUGCUGUUGCUUUCUCAGUCUUACUCCUGAAAUGUCAUAACUGGCACAGAUCUCUGACCAGAGCUAUAACGUAUCUCUUCCUAAUUAUGUCUGCCUCUUUCUGAGUUGUCUUCUCAUUCUGAGUAUUCUGGUAUAAAAGCCUGUUUGUCAGUAAUGAUGUAAAUAGAGCAGCAAAACUUUCUGUUGUCUUUGUCUUUUGACACCCAAGGGAAUGGACUGUGACUACUUCAUGCUCUGUUGAGCAUCUAGUGUCUACCUAAAGCAGAGCAGGAGCAGAUGGCCACUUCGUGAGCACUUAGAUGGCAUUCUUUUUAAAAAAUAUUUUAUUUAUUUCUUUGAGAGAGAAUAUGUGUGCACGAGAGCGUGAGCAGGGAGAUAAGGAGAGAGAGAGGGAGAAGCAGACUCUCCCUGAACAGGGAGCCCAUUGUAGGGCUCGAUCCCAGGACCCUGGGAUUAUGGCCUGAGCCUAAGGCAGACACUUAACUGACUGAGCCACCCAGGUACCUCUCAGAUGACAUUCUUUCUCGGGAAGUUGGACCAGGGAAAUAAUAUCUCAAGUCAUAUUAUGAGAGAAGCUUCCUUUUACAAAUUUAAAGAAGCCUAAACUCUAGUUUGCUCAUUUUGCUACUAAUUUAGCUAAAGCAGUAGAACAGCUCCCCUCCACACACACACCUCUUUUCUAUCAUGGAGAUGUCAUGUCUAAUAUUUCUCAGAAAAUAAGGUCUCAUUCAGAGUCAGAACAUUCAAGUUUAAUUUUACUGAAAAUGUUCCAACACUAACGGUCUAGUUGCAUCAGAAUAAAAACAGAAUCUACUUAGAGUAAUAAUAACAGUGUGGAGGAGUAAUUUUUCUUCUUUAAGUAUAGUACUUGAAGUACAUUCUGUACACUCUGUUAGGUAUUUUUCCAUUUCACUCUCCUAAGUGGCUUGACUCAUAAUUCCAUCCCUGCCUACGUCUCUGAAAUACAGCUGAUAUCCUGAUGGGCAGUAUGCUGAAAGCUCAUGAGAUUUUUAGGGUAUCACAUUCUCUGUGUGUGCUCAUCUUCAGAAUGUUAGAAUACUUUUUAAAGUUCUGAAUUAAUUUUUUUUUAAAUUUUAAGAUUUAUCCAUGCAACCACAAUAAGUGGUUCAUAACCAGUUCGUGUGCCAACUUUUGGAAGUGUUAUCCCAUUUUAUAACCCUAAUGGUGUCCUUUCUUCUCUUAAGCAUCACCCCCCUACCUCCCAUAUCAAAAGACACCAAGAUUGUUUAGUAAAUUGUAUCUCAACUAGUAACACAUAUCAAGUCUUACUACAGGACUUUUGAAUCAUCAGGGAACAAGAUUAUAGAUGGUAGAAUUACCAUGAACUGUGAUAUUAUCAUUUUGUCCUAAAAUUAUUUGAAAACUGGCAGUUGUUAUAAUCAAAAUACUCCAUUGCCUGACCUGACUGUAUUACAUAGAAGUCAUUAUGGCUUUUACAUUGCUUUUUAAAAGUACUCAUCUGUUUCUUCUUCCUUUCUCCUUUUAUGUAUCUACUUUGGUAGAUACCACUCCUUAAAAUUUAGAUGCUAUCUGUCAAAUAAUGUGACAGAUAUGAGGAAGAAAAAGCAUUAGGAGGGAAAAUAAAUGUGAUUGGUUUUUGUUUGUUUAAGGCAUGGGUUUUUAUUUUUUCUAAAUACCCCUACGGAAUAGGGUAGAGAGGUCCCCAUCUUCAUUCUCAGCAUGGAUGCCAGUGGCAGCUUGCAGAAAAAAGUUAUUUGUCUGUAGCUCUGCCCCUACUAAAAGUCCCUGUUCUGAUUCUAUAGUUCAUAAAAACUAAAAACCAGGGAGGCUAGAUCUGAAUGAGUAGGGUGAGCUAUGCAAGUCAUGUGGGAAAAAUUGAACCCUGAUUGUUGCCCAGUAUCACCUCAUCCCUACUAGGACUAAUGUUUCAUUCUGAGGCAUUGCCUUCUGACUUGUGGGAGAUCUUUCCUCUUUGCAGCUCCUCGCCUUAACUUCACCUUAACUUUGGCCUUUCAACUGCUAAAAAAAUGUACCCAAAUCUGCUUUUAGUCAAACAGCUUUUAGUAGUGUAUCGGCUUUUGGGUGAACAUUAGCAUAUUGAAUUAGAAUAUUGCAGUAGCAUAAACUACUGAAGAAAUUCAAGUGUCCCCAUGGUGGGUGGACUAGUUGGGAACAUUAGCUCUGAUUUGUGCCCAAGACUUAACUUCUAAAGUUGCCAGAGAGGUCCAUGGCAUUGAAAGGAAAAUUCAUUGCUACUCCUAUUUCCCCUAGAAAUGACAGGCAUGCACUUAGGGCCGCAUGGGGAAGCACCAGAGCCACAAGGCAGAAGCAGGAGCGAGGGGAAGAGCCCUUACUGUGUUCUGGUAGGAAACACCAGGCAGGGCAGCGGAAACAGCUUAGGACUGUCUAGUUUGGAUGAUGGUGGUGGACUCUGGAUUAUAAGGGUGGGAUCUACUUGUCUGGUAGUGAGCCCUGGGUGAUUAAGGCCAAGGACUCUUUUCUCCUAGACUGUAAGAGCCAGACAAAGAAGGUGGCUCAGAGUUUAGGCUCUGGACUGGUUAAUUCUCAUAUGAAAGGUAUGCUUCCUUGUGGGCCCUUUGCUGCUUCUGAAUGACCAGCCCAAGACCAAGACCAGCCCAAGACCAGCCCUUGGUCUCCUCAGCCAGUGAGGCCCCCAAGGUGUCAAAAUAUCCUACUUCUUAAACACAUGAUUAAUACAAUUGGCCCUCUGAUGUGACAUCAUAUUAAGGAAUCUUUGGAGUGAUGAGAAUGGAGACAUAAAAGAGUAAGGCAUAUGUUAGCUUAAACAGAACAGAAAGCAUUUUAUUAUGAGAGUAUAAAGGAGAAGCACAGGCAGGGGUGUAGGGAGUCCUUGAGGCUGGUCUAUAACUAAGGUUCCCAUUUAUACACAUUAUAAUCUUGGGGGGUCUGGAAUCUUGGGGGGUCUUCAACACUAUCUGGGUGGAGUUGUAAACUAUAUGAAAAGUGUGAGUGUGGUAAUAAUAUCUUGAUAUGUUUCUUGAGUCAAGAUGGCAGGUCCAGCAGUUAUGCUAUUGGAACCUGUGAUAAUUUAGUAAAUACAUUAAUGAUUAAGCAGUGAGUAUGUGUAACCAAGGGAAAGGAGUAUUAUGAUUGGAGACAUGGGGCAGGAGGUUCUGGUGGAAAGCUGGAGAGGGCAGUAGGAGAAGGCAGUGGACAGUGAGUGAGUGGUCCUCUCCCAGAGACUUCAGGGGUUGACUGAGAGUUCCUGGGGAAAGUAAUAAUCACCAUUCAUUUUUUGGAAUACUGUACAGAUAGUAACUUCUAUCAGAUUUCACUUUAGGCAUGAGAGUGUAGGAGUGUGUGUUUUGGCAGAGAGCAAGGAAUGUACCAGGGCAAUGCACUAAACAGGCAGGAAGCUCAGAAACAUAAUAGAAUUCUUAAUAUAGAAGGAAGAGAACUAAAAAUGCCCUGUGUCUAAUUUGUGACUUAGCAAAGGUAGUCCAUGGGCAUAAAUUCUAGUGUCCAAGGUAGAGUUAUCUCCAGUGGCAAGCUUAUGGUCUGGGAGAUGUUAUUUGAGUAGUGACCAGAGUAAUGUUGUCUGGGGUGUGAGACAUGGAGUAUCCAUUUUAAGUGGGUACCCACUCAGGUUGGUGUGGGUUUGAUAUGUUUGCUUGAAACAGUGGUUUACUUGAGGUGUUUGCAAACCAAUGAAAGCAACCAGACCAGCAGUAAUAAGACCAACGGUCAAUGGAACGGUGGGCAGCUACACUGCGCAGUUUUUGCUUUUGAUUUUUGGUUUAGGUUCACUUGGGUCUCUUACACCGCCUGGCCUGUGGGAAUGUCUGUGAUUAAUGGGUCCCAAGAAAGUAUGUGCCCUCAAUCUGGCCUAUAUCCCUUGUGGGAUGAGGGCAAGAUAGAAAAAUUUAUAAAGGGAGGGGGAAAACUUGUUAAAGGGCCUAACAUGUAAUGAAUUUUUAAUGUACAUGAGGGCAACAUACCCCCCUUUAUUUUUUUAUUUAAAUUUUAGGUACCUAACAUAUAGUGUGAUAUUGGUUUCUGGAAUAGAAUUCAGUGAUUCAUCACUUAUAUACAAUACCCAGUGCUCAUCCCCACAAGUGACCUCCUUGUUACCCUAUCACCCAUCUAGCCCAUCCUCUACCCACCUCCUUCCAUCAACCCUCAGUUUAUUCUAUCAUUAAGAGUUUCUUAUAGCUUGUUUUCCUCUCUCCUUUUUUCUUUUCCCCCUUCCCAUAUAUUCAUCUGUUUUAGUUAUUAAAUUUCACAUCAGUGAAAUCAUAUGGUAUUUGUCUUUCUCUGAGUGACUUAUUUCACUUGGCAUAAUACACUCUAGCUCCAUCCAUGUCAUUGCAAAUGACAGGUUUCAUUCUUUUUGAUGGCUGAAUAAUAUCCAUCCUGUAUGUGUGUGUGUGUAUAUCACAUCUUUCUUAUCCAUUCAUCAGUUGAUGGACAUUUAGACUCUCUCCAUAGAUAGUUUGGCUAUUGUAGAUAAUGCUGCUAUAAACACUGGGGUGCAUGUACCCCUACAAAUCUGUAUUUUUAUAUCCUUUGGGUAAAUCCUAAUAGUGUAAUUGCUGGAUUGUAGUGUAGUUUCUAUUUUUAACAUUUUGAGGCACCUCGGUACUGUUCUUCGGAGUAGCUGCACCAGUUUGCAUUCCCACCAACAAUACAGGAGGAUUCCCUUUCUCCACAUCUUCACCAACACCUGUUAUUUCUUGUGUUGUUAAUUUUAGCCAUCUUUACAGGUGUGAGAUGGUAUCUCAUCAUGAUUUUGAUUUGUAUUUCCCUGAUGGGUGAUGUUGAGCAUCUUUUCAUGUAUCUGUUAGCCAUCUGAACACAUAUCUCCCUUUAAAUAGAGGAAAGUGCAAUCAGAAAUUUCUCCCCAGCUUUAUUAAAAAUGAAUGAAUAUAAUUAUGUAUAUUCAAAGUGUACAACAUGAUGAUUUGAUGUACAUGUACAUUGAGAUAACGCAGCCGUCACUUUACAGUGUAUGUGUAAUGAGAAUGUAUAAAAUCUAUUCUCAGCAGCUUUUAAGAACAUGAUACUCUAUAAUUAACUCUAGUUCCUAUGCUGUGCAUUAGAUCCUCAGAACCAACUCUUCUUAUAACUGAAAGUUUGUACCUUCUGACCUACAUCUCCCAUUUUCCCCUCUGUCCAGCCCCUAGCAACCACCAUUCUAUUCCUUAUUUCUAUCAAAUCAGCUUUUUUUUUUUUUUAAAGAUUCCGUAUGUAGUGUUACCAUAUGGUAUUUGUCUUUCUGUGUCUGGCUUACUUCACUUAGCAUAAUUUAUCCCUGUUGUCACAAAUGAUAAGAUUUCCUUCUUUUUAAGACAGAAUAAUAUUCCACUGUGAGAGAGAGAGAGAGAGAGAGAGAGAGAGAGAUUUUCUUUAUCCAGUCAUCCAUUGAAACACCUUAAGAUUUCCCUAUCUUGACUAUUGUGAAGAAGCUGCAGUGAACAGAGGGUGCAGAGAUUUCGAAAUCCUAAUUUCAUUCCUUAUAUGAGUUCAUUUCAUUUCCUGUAUGGUUCAAAUAUUUUUUCCCAUUCUAUAGAUUGCCUUUUCAAUUUAUUAAUCAUUUUCUUUGUUGUACAAAAGUACUUUAGUACUUUGUGGUCCUCCUUGUUUAUUUUAGCUUUUCUUGCCCGUGCUUUGGGCAUCUUACCCCAAAAGAAAUCAUUGCUAAUACCAGUAUCAAGGAGUUUCCUUUCUUCAUUUUCUUCUAGGAGUUUUACAGUUUCAAGUCUUACAUUUAAGUCUUCAACCAAUUUUGAGUUAAUUUUUAUAGGUAUAAGAUAGAUGUCCAUUUUCAUUCUUUUGCAUGUGGAUACCCAGCUUUCCUAAUACCAUUUAUUGAAGAGACUAUCUUUUUCCCAUUGUGUUUUCUUGGCUCCCUUGUCAGGGUUACUUGACCAUAUCUGCAUGGGUUUAUUUUGGUGCUGUCUGUUCUGUUCUACUGGUCUGUGUGUCUAUUUAUGCCAGCAUGACACUGUUUUAAUUACUGGAACUUGAUAAUUUUGUUUGAAAUCAGGAAAUGUGAUGCUACCAACUUUAUUCAUCUUUCUUAAUAUUGCUUUUGCUAUUAGGGUCUUUUGUGCUUCCAUAAGAAUUUUAGGACUUUUUUCUAUUUCUGUGAAAAAUUCCAUUGGAAUCUUGAUAGAGAUCACAUUGAAUCUGUAGAUUACUUUGGGUAAUACAGGCAUUGUAACAAUAUCAAUUCUUCCAAUCUAAGAACAUAAGAUAUCUUUCCAUUUAUUUGUGUCUUCAUUUUCUUUCAUUCGUGUCUCAUAGUUUUCAAUGUACAGGUCUUUCAUCUCCUGGAAUAAACUUAUUUCUAUGUAUUUUAUUGUUUUUUGAUGCAAUUGUAAAUGGGAUUGUUUUCUUAAUUCCUCUUUCUGAUAAUUUGUUGUUAGUGUAUAGAAAUACAAUUGAUUUUGUAUCAUGUAUCAUUACUGAAUUCAUUGAUUAGUUCUAACAGUUUUUUGGUGGGACCUUUGGGGUUUUCUAUUUAUAAGAGAUAAUUUGACUUCUUGUCCCGUUUGAAUGCUUUUUAUUUCUUUUUAUUGCUCCAUUGCUGUGGCUAGGAUUUCCAGUACCAUCUUUAAUAAAAGUGGUGAAUGUGGACAUCUUUGUCUUACUCAUGACCUUAGAGGAAAGACUUUUAACUUAUUACUGUUAAGUAUGAUGUUAGCUAUGGGCUUAUCAUACAUAGCCUUUAUGACAUUAACAUUCAUUCUACACUUAACUUAUUGAGAGUUUUUAUCAUGAAAAGUUGUUGAAUUUUGUCAUAUAUUUUUCUUCAUUAUUGAAAAGCUCAUUCUGAUAAUGUGGAUGUUAUAUUGGUUGAUUUGCAUAUGUUGAACCUUCCUUGCAUCCCAAGGGUAAAUCCCUCUUGAUCAUGAUGUAAAUUAUGAUGUAAAUAAUGGGUAAAUCUUUUCUAUAUGCUCUUGAAUUUGGCUGACUGGUAUUUAGUUGAGGAUUUUGUAAGUCUAUCUUCAUCAGGGAUAUUGGUCUGUAAUUUUCUUUUCUUGUAGUGUCCAUUACCUGGUUUUGUAUCAGGGCAAUAAUGACCUUGUAAAGUAAGUUUGGAAAUAUGCACUUUUCCAUUUCUUUGAGAUGGUUUGAGAAGGAUUGGUAUUAUUUAAAUAAUUGAUAUAAUUUGCAAGUGAAGCCAUCUGAUUCUAGGCUUUUCCUUUUAGGAAAUUUUUGAUUACAUGUUUAAUCUCCUUGUUUGUUAUUGACAUACUCAGAUUUUCUAUUACUUCAUGAUUUGGUAUUGGUAAUUUGUAUAUUUCUUUGAAUUUAUCCAUUUCUUCUAAGUCCUGUCAUUUGACAUAAAUGCUCACAGCACAGUAGUCUCCCCUACGGUCCUUUGUAUGUCUGUAGUAUUAUAUAUGGUGUUUCCUCUUUCGUUUAUCACCUACUUGAAUCUUCUCACUUUUUUCUUAAUCUGGUUAAUGAAUUGUCAGUUUUAUCUUUAAAAAAAAAACAACUAUUAAUUGAUCCUUUCCAUUGUCUUUCUAGUGUCUAUUUCAUUUACUUCUCUUAUUUUUAUUAUUUCCUUCCUUCUGAAAACU